CCGCAGCACCGCACGCCCCAGCCCGUGGCUCCCCUGGGGCAGCAGGUGCAGGACUGGCAGGAGCUGCCGGGGGACCAGCCGAGCAGGGCAGGCAGGGGGGCAGCCCCGGGACACACAGGGUCUUGGCCAUGGAUGCAACGCUGGCCCCCAGAGACCCCCAGGCUCCCGGGCAGUUUGGGCAUCCUGUGGCAGUCCCUGACGACAAGCAAGAAGAAGCAAAAAGCAGGUGGAAAGAAGGAAACUUUAAUGUCUACCUCAGCGAUCUGAUCCCUGUCGACCGAGCCGUGGCGGACACCAGGCCUGCUGGGUGCUCCGAGCAGCGGGUCCAUGACGACCUCCCGACCACCACCAUCAUCAUGUGCUUCGUGGACGAGGUGUGGUCCACCCUCCUGCGCUCCGUUCACAGCGUCCUCAGCCGCUCGCCUCCCCACCUGGUCGAGGAAAUCAUUUUGGUGGAUGACUUCAGCACGAAAGAGUACCUCAAGGAGAAGCUCGAUGCAUACAUGUCACAGUUCCCAAAAGUGAAGAUCCUGCAUCUCAAAGAGAGGCACGGUCUGAUCCGGGCCAGGCUGGCAGGAGCGCAGGUUGCCAAAGGCGACGUCCUGACGUUCCUGGACUCGCACGUGGAGUGCAAUGUGGGGUGGCUGGAGCCGCUGCUGGAGAGGGUCCGCCUGAGCCGGGCCAAGGUCGCCUGCCCCGUUAUCGAGGUCAUCAGCGACAAGGACAUGAGCUACAUGACCGUGGAUAACUUUCAACGUGGGAUUUUUACUUGGCCAAUGAAUUUUGGAUGGGGGCAGAUUCCACAAGAGGUCAUUGAGAAAAACAAAAUCAAGGAAACUGAUAUAAUAAGGUGCCCGGUCAUGGCGGGUGGCCUGUUUUCCAUCGACAAGAAGUAUUUCUUUGAGCUGGGAACAUAUGACUCAGGACUGGAUGUUUGGGGAGGUGAAAAUAUGGAGAUUUCAUUCAAGGUCUGGAUGUGCGGAGGAGAGAUUGAGAUUAUUCCGUGCUCCAGAGUUGGGCAUAUUUUCAGGAAUGACAACCCUUACUCCUUCCCGAAAGACCGGAUAAGAACGGUGGAGAGGAACUUGGCCCGUGUUGCAGAGGUCUGGCUGGACGAGUACAAGGAGCUGUUCUACGGCCACGCGUACCACCUGGUCCUGAGACGCCUGGACGUGGGCGACCUGAGCCAGCAAAUCGCGCUGCGACAGAAGCUUCAGUGCAGAAGUUUCAGGUGGUACCUGGAGAACGUCUACCCUGACCUGGAGGCUCCCCUGGUGAAAGCCAGUGGGCUGCUUGUUAACAUAGCCACAGCAAGAUGCAUCACUGUGGAAAACACCACUCUAGCUUUUCAGACGUGUGAUGUUAACAACGAGGACCAGAAAUUCAACUACACCUGGCUGCGGCUGCUCCGGCACGGAGACCUGUGCAUCGCCCCGGCAGGCACCACGGGAGCACUGGGGCUGCGGCCGUGCGCGGGCUGGGAGAGCAGCCUGGCCUGGCAGCACAGCAGCCUGGCGGCGGCCCGGCCAGAGCUGGCGGACCACCUCGUUUCAGAGCACCUCCAGCCGCCCGCCUGUCUGGAAGUGGAUCCGUCUCUCCAGGCCCUGAGGGUGAGCGCCUGCAACUCCGCAAAUCCUUAUCAGAAGUGGCAGUUUGGCAAUUACUAUGCAGUCUGAAGGGAACACAAUCGAACCAGAAACAGCGUGCUUUCAUCUUGUGAAUUCAGCAAUGGCAUCUGUGGGACUUGUGACAGCAAUUACAGAACUGGAAGUUCAUUUCCAAAUGGUAAUUGAAAUCCGUAAUUUAAACCGGCAUAUUGAGAGAUCAAAAUACCAAGAGUAGCACAUCUGGUUUAACGACGUUUGAAAUGUGGGUUUCCUUCAACUGUGAGACACUUUGGCAAAAACUCAAAUAAUUUUUCUGUGUUAUUAAAUGGAAACAUUUUCUGAAGCCCCCCCCCCAUCCUACUCUAAGCAAACGUUCAGUAGUUACCUCCAGACAACAAUAUAAGCUAACAGAAAUAA